AUGGCCUCCGUUCAAUUGAAUGUGGACUGGCAGUCGACAAAGAACACCAUCUUAGAAAGAAACCGUCAUAUGUUCAAUAAUUCAGACAUGAGUGAUAUCAGCUUCACUUGCGAAGGUUCACACAAAGGUUCAGACAAGACAUUCUAUGCACAUAAAUAUGUCUUGAGCACAAGUAGCGCCGUAUUUCAUGCGAUGUUUUAUGGCGCCUUAGCUGAGAAAGAUUCGAUUGUUCAUUUGUCUGAUACAAACGCGGAAAGUUUGGAGCAGUUUUUAAGAUUUCUUUACACGGAGGAAUGUACAUUGACCGCAGACAAUGUUAUUGCCAUCAUGUAUUUGGCACAAAAGUACAUAAUUCCUUCGCUCUAUGAGAAAUGCGUUAAUUUUCUACUGGAAAAUUUAAAUCCUGAAAAUGUGCUGGAUGUUUUGGAGCAAGCAACUCGUUUUGAUGAGAAAGAAUUAGAAAAACGAUGUUGGAAAAUUAUAGUGUCUAAAACAGGCAAAGUGGUAGCCUCUGAUAGUUUCAAUAACAUCAGUCAAACGACCUUGACUAAAUUACUGAAGCGAACUGACAAAAUAAAUAUACCAGAAGUGAAACUGUUUCAAGCUGUUUUAAUAUGGAUCGAUUUCCAAUGCUCGUGUAAGAACUUAGAACCAACUGGCGAGAACCGGAGGUCUGUUAUUGGCGAGGCGAUAUAUGACUUUCGAUUUUUCAGCAUGAGCCACAAAGAGUUUGCUCAACAUGUUUCUAAAUCUGGUUUGCUAACUGCGGAAGAGAUGAUUCCUAUUCACGAGAAAUUUCUGGGAAUUGAUUCGCCUGCGUUGAAAUGGAGGCAGCCAAAUAGGACAGGAAAUAUCGACAGGUUUUCCAGAUUUUCUGGAAAGGCAGAGGAACUUCGGAAGUGGGGAUACGCUGGUACGCCAGAUCGCCUGUGUUUUUCCUUUAAUGAAGAGGUGUCUUUGCUUGGUGUUCGUUUGUUUGGUGAUGAAGAUGGGAGUGAGUAUCAUGUCACUUUUGAAGUGAAAGAAGCCAAACUAACCGGAACUUAUGUCUCUGGUCGUAAUCAAGACGACGUUCCUGGUUUUGAUGUUUUGCUAAAGAAACCCGUUAUCCUGAAGCAGAACGAAGUUGUAACUCUUUCUGCGACAAUAAAAGGGCCUCAAUCGUGUGGCGGUAACAAUGGAUUAUCCCCAGUUACACUCGAAGGGAUCUCUGUGACAUUUAGUAAUGCUCCGCCUCCAAACAAUGGAACUCAU